AUGAACUCUCCCGCCGCACUUCUCGCCACGUGUCACCCGAAUCCCGCGUGUCAAAUUUGCGGCGAAAAUGCGGCACACGGCCGGCAUUUUGGCGUGGAAGCGUGUCGCGCAUGCGCCGCAUUUUUCAGGUGAGCUUUUGCCGCGCAAAAAAUUUCAAAAAAAAAAUUCAAAUUUUUUUUUCAGACGAACCACCGUGUUGGGACGAAAUUCAUCGAAAUGUGUCGAAAAAUCGGGAAAUUGCCGGAAAUUUUUGGUGUGUCGAUUUUGUAGGCUGAAAAAAUGUGUGGAGCUUGGAAUGAGCACCGAAAGUAAGCCACGCCCCUUUUUUGCAAACCUGGCACAGUUUUUGGGGAAUUUUCCGGGGUUCAUUUUUUUUAAUUUUCUGCAUUUCUCGUAAUAAAAUGUAACAUUUAAUUACAAAAAAUGCAUUUUUUGCUUUUCUCGUAAUAAAAUGUAACAUUUAAUUACAAAAAUUCAAUUUUUUGCAUUUCUCGUAAUAAAAUGUGACAUUAAAUUACAAAAAUCGCAUUUUUUUGCAUUUCUUGUAUUUUCUUGUUACAUUUAAAUACCAUAAAUUCAAAAAAAUUCCAAAAUUUUCGAAUUUUUCAAUGAUUUUUUCAGAAAUUCGCCUCGAAGAGCCCACAAAUGCUCCAAAACCCGUCGAUUUAUCAGUGAUUCUUCAAAGAUCCACACGUAUCCUCGGAAUGUAUUACAUGUGUCAAGAUGAGAUUCUGGAGCCGCUGAAUGCGCUUCAGAAGCUGACAAAAAUUCUGAAAAAUCAAAGAGGCCAGCAGAAAGGUGCGCAAGAGCUGCAAUUUUUUGAGCAUAUCGAUUUUUCCGAGAUUUUUGUGUUUUGGGAAUUUCAAAUGACACAGACUGCAGAGUUUUUGAUGUAUAUGAAAGAGUUUAGGGAUUUGCCGUUUCAUGAGAGGGUGAGGAUUUUGAAAAUUUGGAAUUUUUUGCAUUUCUCGUAAUAAAAUGUAACAUUUAAUUACAAAAAUUCAAUUUUUUGCAUUUCUUGUAUUUUCUUGUCACAUUUAAAUACAAAAAAUGCAAUUUUUGCUUUUCUUGUCACGUUUUAUUACGAAAAAUGCAAUUUUUUGCAUUUUUCGUAAUAAAAUGUAACAUUUAAAUACAAUAAAUUCAAAAAAUUCCAAAAUUUACCCCAAGUAGGAGAAUAAUGUCAGGAAUUUUGACAGCCUCAAAAAUGUCCAAAGUAGGAAAAUAAUGUCAGGAUUUUUGACACCCUUAACAUUUUCAGGAGUAGGAAAAAUAUGGUGUGAUUUUUGACAACCCCAAAAAAUUUUUAGUGGAAUUUUUUGAACUUAUUGUAUAACAAGAAAAUACAAGAAAUGCAAAAAAUUGAAUUUUUUGUAAUUAAAUGUAACAAGAAAAUACAAGAAAAGCAAAAAAUUGAAUUUUUUUGUAAUUAAAUGUAACAUGAAAAUACAAGAAAAGCAAAAAAUUGAAUUUCAGGUCGCAUUUUUCAAAAUCGUGUGGGCAGUUUGGCGUCGUUUCGAGCGCUUCUCAAUGACGGCCGAAAUUUUCGGCCAAACAUCGAUCGAUCAAAAAAUCCUCGUUCAAUCGCACGAAAAAGCGGCCCGAAUCGGUGAAUAUCACGUGGAUUAUAAGGCCGUGUCGAGUUUGAGCAAAUCGGAAAUUCGCCGAUUUUUCGGCUCGAAAAUGCUCGAAUAUUUUGAGGUUAUUGUGAGGAGAUAUGUGGAGUGCGGGUUUGAAAUUGAGGAAACCACGUGGAUUUUGACGCAGAUUUGCUGGAUCUAUGCGGCCAGGUGGGAAAGCUACUCGAAACGCGUCAGCAAAUCUAGAAGCUACCAGAAACGCGUCAGCAAAUCUAGAAUCUACCAGAAACGCGUCAGCAAAUCUAGAAUCUACCAGAAACGCGUCAGCAAAUCUAGGGGUUGUCAAAAAUCCUGACAGAAUUCUCCUGGCUACAUUACAAAAUUGUUGGGGUUGUCAAAAAUCACACCAUAAUUUUCCUACUUUAGAGAUUUUCUAGGCUGUCAAAAAUCCUGACAUAAUUUCACUACUUCAAGAAUUUUCGGGGCAACCAAAAAUCUCACCUAAAUUUGCCUACUCUUGAAAAUGUUGUUCAGGCUGUCAAAAAUCCUGACGUAUUUCUCCUACUUGGCGUAAAUUUUUUUGAAUUUAUGGUAUUUAAAUGUAACAAGAAAAUACAUGAAAUGCAAAAAAAUGCAUUUUUUGUAAUUAAAUGUGACAAUAAAUUACAUAAAAUGCAAAAAAUGUGUAGACCACAAGCUUCCGCCCUGUCUAAGCCUAAGGCCCUGCCUAAGCCUAAGGCCCUUCCUAAGCCUAAGGCUAAGGCAGCAACUCUAGAAGCUAGAUCGAGCGCCUCGCGCGAGUGUAGACCGCAAGCUUCCGCGAAGCGGCACUGUCUUCCGCGUAGCGGCUACGCCUAGCCCCGAGCCUAAGGCCCUGCCUAAGCCUAAGGCCCUGUCUAAGCCUAAGGCCCUACCCAAGCCUAAGGCUCUGCCUAAGCCUAAGGCCCUGUCUAAGCCUAAAUAUAUAUUUUGCAGAAGAUUGGGAGGUCAAACUUUGGCGGCUUCCGAAAUCUUCCUCGCCAAAAUCGGCGAUGAUCUACACGAAUUCUACAAAUCGAAAAACAUCCGAAAUUAUGCGUGGCGAAUCGGAAAAAUGAUGAAAAUUGUGAAUGAAAUGCUGGUAAGAAUUCAGGAUUGCUCAUGUUAAAAAUUUUUUUCAAAAUUUUGUAAAAAUCAUUUUUUUUUCAGAAUAUUCAAGUUCAACGCGAAAAUUCGAUGGAUGUUAUGUUGAUGUUCAAUUUUUUCAAUGUUCCUGAAUACGAAUUUUUUCGUGUAUGA